GGAAGCAGUUUUCAAAGAUAGGGUUUUUAGAAUAACUGACAGUUCUUCUAACAUAUAAAACCGAGGUUUUAAGGUUGAUGCUACUUGCACAGACUCUCAAGACUCUUGUUUUCACAAACUCUCGAACUCGACCAAAGCCUCGUGCUUUUUUUAAGUCCCAACCCAAAUCAAGGUAAAAGGGAAGAGACCCAGAAACUUGUUUUUGUAUGAAAGUGAAGGAACAAUGUCGACGGAUCUCAGUGAUUUCAUCGUCAUCAAAGAAGGAGAGGCUGAGAUUCUCAUGCAUACUAAAAACCAAGUCUUUUACAACAAAACCCAGGUUAACAAUAGAGACAUCUCGAUUGCUGUUAUGAGGGCAUUUGUAGCCAAACGCAAAGAGGAGCAUGAAGCGAGAUUGUCCAAGAAAAAAAAGACAGCUCCCACGGAUUCUGAGAAAGAUGUUUCAGAAUCUGUUGUAGAAGAAGCAUCUAAUGAACCUGCUAUUAAUGGAAAUUCCAAUGGAGAUUGUGAAAUGCCAGAAGAUAUAUCUCAAGAUGAACCAUGUAGCAUUCCAGAAGAACCAAGCAAGACCACAGAGGGAAAAGGACGAGGGGAAUUGAAGCCACCAAGAGUUCUUGAGGCCUUGUCAGCUUCUGGCUUAAGAGCUCUUAGGUAUGCUCGUGAAGUAGAAGGGAUUGGUCAAGUUGUGGCCCUAGACAAUGAUAAAGUAUCAGUUGAAGCUUGUAGGAGAAACAUCAAGUUCAAUGGUUCAGUUGCAUGUUCAAAGGUGGAAUCACAUCUUGUUGAUGCUCGUGUGCAUAUGCUCACCCACCCAAAAGAAUUUGAUGUGGUUGAUCUUGAUCCUUAUGGUUCUCCCUCUGUCUUCUUGGAUUCUGCGAUUCAAGCUGUUGCUGAUGGAGGCAUGCUCAUGUGUACCGCAACGGAUAUGGCAGUACUAUGUGGUGGUAAUGGGGAGGUUUGCUAUUCAAAAUAUGGUUCCUAUCCAUUGAAAGGGAAAUAUUGCCACGAAAUGGCUCUGAGAAUCCUCUUAGCCUGCAUUGAGAGCCAUGCAAAUCGGUACAAAAGAUACAUUGUUCCUGUGCUAUCUGUUCAGAUGGACUUUUAUGUUCGUGUUUUUGUCCGAGUCUACUCCUCGGCAAGUGCUAUGAAGAACACUCCCCUUAAGCUUUCCUAUGUUUAUCAGUGCAUUGGAUGUGAUUCUUUUCAUCUGCAGCCCCUUGGAAGGACGGUCACUAAGAACACCAGUGUGAGAUAUCUUCCGGGUUUUGGUCCCAUUGUUCCUCAAGAAUGCAGUGAUUGUGGGAAGAAAUUCAAUAUGGGUGGGCCUAUAUGGUCUGCUCCUAUCCAUGAUCAAGAAUGGGUUACUUCCAUACUGUCAGAUGUGAAAUCAAUGAAGGAUCGUUAUCCUGCUUAUGAUCGCAUCUCGGCUGUAUUGACAACAAUCUCAGAGGAAUUGCCAGAUGUUCCUCUGUUCUUGAGUCUGCACAGCCUCUGUGCCACUCUCAAGUGCACUUCCCCAUCUGCAGUGAUUUUCCGUUCUGCUGUGAUCAAUGCAGGAUAUCGUAUAUCUGGAACUCAUGUAAACCCAUUGGGGUUGAAGUCAGAUGCUCCUAUGGAUAUCAUUUGGGACAUAAUGCGCUGCUGGGUGAAAAAUCAUCCAGUGAAAGCUCAACCUCCAGAACAUUCAGGAAGCGUGAUACUUGCUAAGGAACCUGUUCUUCAAGCAAAUUUUGCUCGAGCUGUUGCGUCUCUUAGCAAGGCACAGACCAAGAAGGUUGCACGGUUCCUUCCAAACCCGGAAAGGCAUUGGGGUCCAAAGCUUAGGGCAGGUCGUCAAAUCACCAGCAAGCACAUUUCUCUCUUGGGUCCAGAGGCUGUCAAUGAAAUUCUUAACCAGGAAGAAGAUGGUGAGGAACACAAUGCCAAGCGUCAAAAGACUGAAGAUAAUCCGCCCUCAGGUUGAUGAAAUGAAGGUCCUUAGUAUGUAUGUCAAUCAAGUUGACCUAGAGCUCCAUACCCUCCCAGCCAGUAAUCUGGAGAGGAGAGAGAGAUAGAGAGAUCUCUCUUUGAUUCAUCACGUAAAGAUGGAAUGGAGCUGCAAUUUUCUAGGCGAAAUUAGAAGCCAAUUUACAGCAAUUUAGACUUUGAAAGACAAAUUUUGUUUACUUUUGAGUUUGUAUUCAUUUUUUCUUGGAUUAGCUUUCAAAGUAUGUUGGUGGAUAAUUUGGUUAUACUGUAUUGAGCCGCAGUGGUCGAAAUGAAUGUCUGUCCCAAGCUAAAUCUUUACUGGAUGAUUUAGCCUUGCAUUUUCCGAUUGGGACGAUUUAUUGCAAAAUGGAGGAAGGAGGAUCAUUUUCAGGACAUAGCUGAACGCCAAUUCCCAUAUAAUUCUUCUGUAUUAUUUCAAUGGAGAGAUCUUCGAUUUUCUUCCUA